AUGGGUGAUUCAAGUAUUCACUUGCAACUUCAAAUGCUUCCAUGCAUUCAAUAUUCUUCUUUGGAAGUGGCUUCCAUACAUUGGUCUACAGCCACUGUAUCGGCAGAAACAAACUCUAUCCUUGUCCUCUUUGACUUUAAAGUGCCGAAAUUGAAGCGAGAAUUAAAACGAGAAGCUUGA